AUGAAUAGACUCCUUCACUCUUUUGAGCUUGCAUCUGGUCAGCGCGUCAAUGCAUCCAAGUCUUCGAUAUUCUUCAGUCCUAACUCUGAUGGUGUGGUCAAAACUCAAAUAUGCUCAACCCUUGGCAUGCCUGAAGCUACUGAAGGCUCUUUCUACUUAGGACUGCCGAACAUCAUUGGAAGAAAGAAGACUGUUAUCCUUGGCUUUCUCAAGAAUAAGAUCAUUAACCGCAUAAAUAGUUGGGAUGGUAAGUUUCUUUCUCGUGCUGGUAAGGAAAUUCUGCUAAAGACUGUCAUCCAAUCUCUUCCAACAUAUGCCAUGAGUGUGUUUCUGAUCCCUCUGAAAAUCUGCAAUGAUAUUGAGAAGCUUAUGGCUAGCUUUUGGUGGAAAACAAAGAGUGCUAGUGGACAAGGCAUUAUUUGGAUGUCUUAG